AUGGUCGAUGCCGACGCCACAAAAAGUGAGCUCGAACAGGCUCAGGCUCAGGCUCAAGAGAUGGGACAGCCAGACGAUAGAAUCAGCAGGAUUGACAGUGUCCAAGUUGGUAAUGUCGACAAACCACAAGGAGACGGAAUAUACGCCGAAGCUCUUGCACAAUAUCCAACCGACGAUUCAAUCGACCCAAUCCUGGAGAAGAAAGUCAGAAGGAAACUAGACCGACUUAUAAUACCUGUUCUGGGAGUUUGCUACUUUUUCUACUAUGUUGACAAAACAACACUUUCCUAUGCUGCCAUCUUUGGUCUCAAGGAUGAUCUCAAACUUAGAGGUGACGAGUACUCUUGGCUCUCAAGCAGCUUCUACUUUGGUUGGCUGAUCUGGGCUAUUCCCUCGAACCUCCUGAUGCAACGCAGCCCUCCUGGUUACUACUUGGCCUUCAACAUUUUCAUGUGGGGUGCUCUCCUUAUGACGCAGGCCGCUGCAAAGAACUUUGCUGGCCUUCUCGCUCUUAGAAUCCUUUCCGGUGCAUUUGAAGCCAUCGCAGACCCGGCUUUCAUGCUCGUUACUUCCAUGUACUUCACCCGUGAAGAGCAACCAAGUCGUAUAUCAGCUUGGUAUGCUUUUAACGGUAUAGGUGUUGCUGGCGGAGCUAACAUCUCCUUGACAGGCUAUGCCAUUGGUAAUAUCAAAGGGGCGCUUCAGCCGUGGCGUUAUGAGUUCCUUGUAGUCGGUGCUUUUUGUUCUGCUUGGGCCAUCGCCCUCGUUCUGCUACUGCCCAAUUCUCCUCGCACCAUUCGAGGUUUCUCUCACGAUGAGAAGCUCAUCAUGAUCGCUCGAAUGCGACGCAACCAAACUGGCAUCGAACAGCGAAGAAUCAACUGGGGUCAAAUCAAAGAAGCCUACCUCGACUACAAGACAUGGCUAUUCACCUUGCUUGGCUUCGUUUCUAAUGUCCCCAACGGCGGAAUUUCAAACUUUUCAACGCUGGUCAUCCAGGGACUUGGGUUCGACACGCUCCACACGGCCCUGCUGGGCAUUCCCCAGGGCGCCCUCGUGGUCAUAUGGAUCGGACUUGGUGCUCUGGCAAACAAGUAUAUGCCUCCCAAUAGUCGAACCCUGGUCAGCGCCAUUUUCAUGAUUCCAACCAUAGCCGGAGCGCUCGGCUUUCUUCUGGCGCCAGAAGAUGCUUACGUUGGCCGUUUGAUCUGCUUCUACCUCACUGGCUCGUAUCAGGCAUCAUUUGUCAUAUGUCUUUCUCUCAUCACUUCAAACACUGGAGGACAGUCUAAAAAGAUGAUUGUUUCUGGUAUGAUUUGGUUUGGUGCCUGUGUUGGCAACAUUGCCAGCCCCUUUUUCUAUCGCCCCGAACAGGCACCCUCCUACCACCUUGGUAUCGGAUCACUUCUUGUCGCCAACUGCAUCGAGUUCGCCCUCUUUUUCGUCUUUAGAUAUGCCUUCAAGUGGGAGAACAAACGGAAAGAGCAGCAUCGUGAAGCUUUACGAGCAGCAGGUCAUGAUUUUACUGCCAACACUACUGCGUUCAUGGAUAUGACGGACAAGGAAAACCCGAACUUUGAAUACGUGUUGUGUGUGCCAACCUGGAGCACUUUUACUCGAGCACAAUUAUGUCGUUAUUACGACAGAUGCCUCAGGGGAGGCAGAAGAAACCUGGGACGUCUAUGUCGAGGUAGCUUCCUCGAAUAUCUUGCCGUCUUACCAACACAAACUCUAAAAGUCAGCAUACUGUCUCCAGCAACAUUGAAACGCCACUGCUUGCAGGCUCUCUCAGUGUCCAAGCCCUUGAAGAUGGCUCCCAUUCAGGUCGUUGAGCAUAAAGAGCUCAAAUCUUGCUCAGGCGACUUUGUUUACGGUGAUCCGAAAGGUUCAUAUCUAGCCGCCAUCAUUUUGGCUGUUACUUUGACUCUGAUGACGGCAAUCUCCAUUUCGCUGUGCUUAGUAGCGAGCCAGCAAAAGGGAAAGCUUAAGGAACUCCAUUCAUCAACUAAGGAGUCAACGAAGCAUGUUCAGAUAGUGCCUCCAACAGAUUGGCAGAAGCCUGGCAACUCACCGCUCAGACAUGUAGAGCCAGUCUCGCCGGUAAGUUCCACGGCUUCAAGCGAAUACGAAGGCUUCUCCGAGAGUGCACCCCCAAGUGAUGGUUACUAUGGCUCCAAUGACCAGUCCUUCACUGCUCGAACAGAGAGAAUGGUGGCGGAAGUCCGUACUGAGCAAGAUGGCUCUAAUCGCGUGUCCGACAAGCCACCCCAGAUUCCUCGCUAUCCUUUUCAAGGAAGUGGUCAGUAA